AAUGCAUUUGUGUCGUAUCAUAUAGGGAAAUCAGAACGGCGAUUAAAACGACAUAAAGGAGGAGGGUGCCGCGUUGGGGCCAUUCGCAUUCGCAUUCGCAUUCACACUCUCCACGUACACCUCCCAAAAACGACAAGCGAAACUGAAGUCGUUCCCACGCCCUGGUAUUUGAGCAGAGGCGAAACGCAGCGCUUGGGCGAGUGGCAAAAUGGGAGUUCCGAAUAGGAAGCAUCAUCACCUUGUCUCACUACUCUUGCUCAUCCUCUUCCACAACGCUCUCUGCAUCAGGUUCCCGGAUCGGGUCGCCCGAUCCUCCCUCGACCCGCCCGACCCACUCCGCCUGCGCGUUGCCGUCUUCGCCCUCGGAAGCUUCUGGAGAUCCGAAGCCGUCUUCGGCUGCUUGCCCGGCGUCACUCGCACCACCGUAGGCUACGCCGGCGGAUCCAAGCCCAACCCCGAAUACCGAAGCUUGGGUGACCACGCCGAGUCCGUUAAGGUUGAAUAUGAUCCUCAGCUGAUUAGUUAUAGGCAACUCCUGGAUGUCUUCUGGUCAAGUCAUGAUCCUAGGCAAGUGUAUGGCCAAGGUCCUGAUGUGGGUAAUCAGUAUAGAUCUAUUAUUUUUGUUAAUGGAACUGAAGAAUCCAGAAUGGCUGCUGUCAGCAAAGAACAGGAACAAACCAGGUCAAGAACAAGCAUUGUGACUACUCAAAUUCUACAACUUGGAACAUUUUACCCUGCUGAGCCAGAGCACCAGAAAUUUGAACUCAAGCAAAAUACCAUCCUUCUUCAGUUAAUUGGGAACCUGCCUGAAGAGGAGCUUGAGAGGUCUAGCCUGGCAACGAAAUUGAAUGGAUAUGUGGCAGAGCUUUGCCCUCCAAAUAUCCAAAAGCAUUUUGAUGCCAAGAUCAAUGACAUUAUUAAAAAGGGUUGGCCCAUUUUGAGGGAUUUGUAGUUGGGAUCGUGGGAAGUUCAUUCUUUAACUAACUUGCUUCGAUUCAGUACUUAAUAGGUUUGGUUCAAUAGCUUGUACCAGUUGCAGGGCUUGAAAUAUAAGAAAGAGAGGCAAGCACGUGGUGCUCGCCGAUUACACCACUGUGUUGUAAUUAUUGUACUUGUAAUCCUAGUCUUUACUCUUGAGUCUCCCUCAUCCUUCGAGAAAAAAACCCUUUGUACUUUUGUUCUCUUACAUUUUCCUUUUUAUUUAUGAGGACAACAGAGAAACUAGUAAUUCCAGCUUACGUUUCAUCGAGUGGAAGAUGAACCAAUUA